AUGAGUGAACCGUAUCCGAAUACGCAGUAUUGUUGGGGGCUGCUCGUCGGGAUUUCGGUCAUGAUCAUGUAUUGGCCAAGUCAACUCAGAUAUCGUGGUCGGUACCAAACUGCCAGGACUCGGUCGACACAUGCCAGGGAAGAGCUCGCACAAGUCGCCCACGUGACAAGGGCUGAAAUGAGCAAGCGAGCCCCUGUCUUCGACCCCCAUUGCGCAAUGGCACUUGCCGGAGUUCAUACGCAAUGUUAUUUCCUCUGGUUACUUGCAAUCUUAUCCAUCACCUAUUGCAUCGUUGGAUUAAUUGUAUUCUUGAGACCCCACCCGCUCUUUCCGAUACCGAAUAGUACCGAAUAUGAGGCGCAGUCUGGUCUGUUUACGGAAGCCGAGGGGAAUGUUCCUGUGCAACAUUCUACCCCGCGCAUUUACAUGCUCAACUUACCUCGACGUACCGAUCGCCGUGAGCGAAUGAUGAAGCUUCGGGCAGCAACCGGACUGUCGUGGACAUUUGUGGAUUCAACGGAUUCCAAUGCAGAAAUCGUCACCCAAAUCAUGGAGCGUGUGAGAUGGAUAAGGGCAGCCGCGCAUCUCCACGCCAUCGACUCAAAUUUUCGUGGAUGGUGGAGCGAUCAUCACGAUGUAUUCGAAUGGAGGCAUAUGUCCAAUGAUUCUGAAUCUGAACCAAGUUCUGAACUUUGGGAACUUGCGCGUUCUGACCCGGCCUCUGCGGACCAUACCCACCCCCUGCCUGUACCCCCUUCUAUUGAUCAGCGCCCGCCCUUGGAAGUAGCGACCAGCCGCAUCAUUCCCCGUAAUGGCGAGGCUCAGGAUUCCAGGCAGACUCUAAAGAAUAAUCCCCUAUUCAAUACAAGCACAAACUCUGCUCGGACCGCCACCCGAGGUGUGACGAAUACCCUUACACCUCGCUUGCCUAAACUUCCCUACUGGCGUGUCCUGACUCGAGCUGCAAUUGCAUGUUGGCACUCUCAUAUUAGCGUGAUCAGGGAGAUCGCGUUGGAAACAAUCCAAGCCGGCACUUCCGAUGCCGGCGUCAUCAUCCUAGAGGAUGACAUUGACAUGGAAGUAGACAUACAGCAGCGCAUUGGUCGUCUGUGGGAAGCCUUACCGCCCGACUGGGACAUGUUAUUCCUUGGACACUGUUGGUCGGCAGAGGGCACCUACCCGCCCCUCAGAUCGCAUGAUCAACUUCACCCCUCACAUUCGCCCAAAUGUACUCACGCUUACGCAAUAUCCCGAAAAGGCGCAAGAAGACUGGUUGAACUACUCAGGAAACCAUCUGUGGCAUACAGCCGGCCACUGGACACCGCUUUCCUGGACUUGAUUCGGUCGAACCUGGUCAACGCAUAUUCAGUUCACCCGAGCGUGGUUAUCCAGACUAAGAAUACCCCUAGUGAUAUCUUCCCAGGAAACGGUAGCAGAUGGAGGGAUAUCCUGCAAAUGCCAGCAUUGAAAGGUUCCGAAAAGAUCUGA